GUGCCCUUGCGACAGCCAUUUUGCCAGAUCCGUGUGAAAAAUUGUGUUGAGUUUUGCAAAGUAAUCUUAAGCGGAUACGCGUACAUGAAUGGGGAUGUUGGCAAAGUGCCUUCGGGGGUGGUAUACACAACCACCCCUGAGACGAGCUCUGCCGUGGGUACCCAUCCGGAGUAUGUAGCCGUUAAUGGGGUAGCAGAGGGAGCUGAGGGUCCUAGUCCUUUACCUCCCUCAGCUCCCCAAGACAACACUUUGCAAAUCUACCCCUUGCCGCAGCUUAAGCAGAUGCUUUCCCAACAAUUGGAGUAUUACUUCUCUAGAGAAAAUUUAGCAAAUGACACAUACUUAUUGUCACAAAUGGACAACGACCAGUAUGUGCCGAUAUGGACGGUAGCGAAUUUCAAUCAGGUUAAAAAAUUAACCAAAGAUAUUAAAUUGAUUACUGAAGUUCUGCGCGAAUCGCCCAACGUUCAGGUCGACGAGGAAGGAUUGAAAGUUCGUCCGAACCAUAAAAGAUGCAUUGUGAUUUUACGGGAGAUCCCCGACAGUACGCCCAUCGAGGAUGUUAAGAAUUUAUUUUCGGGAGAGAACUGUCCAAAAUUUAUAUCCUGCGAAUUUGCUCACAACAGCUCUUGGUACGUCACCUUCGAAUCGGACGAAGACGCGCAAAGGGCGUACAGAUAUCUAAGGGAAGAGGUUAGGGAGUUCGAAGGGAAGCCGAUCAUGGCGAGGAUAAAGGCGAAACCGAUGAACCGGUUGCCGUUGCCGCCCGUCACGGCCGUCAAAAACGGCUUCCGGGCGACGCCGCCCCCGACGGCCGUCUACGAUCCGGCGGCGUAUCCGCCGGGCCAACAGAGAUUCAUCUACGCCAACGGAACGCCCGGACAACCUGUCGCUGCCUUUAAUCAAGUCAUAUAUCCUUAUCAGCAGCAGCAGUUUUACGCAUCGGUCGCUUGGCCCCCGUCCGCUCCUGGUUAUUUCGAUAUCAGCACGGUGUUUCAAGUGAACGGAUUGGCUCCGCAGAGCUUCAAACAUCCCAAUUACAGAUCGAAUCAAAACAGAUCUCGUAAACAAUCCAGAAGUAACGUGCAAAGCGACCAAACUUCACAGGGUUCUACUCAAGGUGGUGGUAAUGGCAGCAGUAACGGACAAGGCAGCUCCAGACCAUCCACGUCUCAGGGGCUAUCUCAUUCGCCUUUAAAUAGUAACAGUAAGGGUAUUUCGUCUAAAGGAUCCGCCUCUGAAGGCGCGAUUCCGAAAAUUAGCCAUAAUCAUAUUGUAACUAACGACAAUGAUGCUCAUUUAGCGAGUCAUAACGUAUCUCUCGGCCUAACUGGUGUGCAUACGGAACCCGUGGAGUUGUAUAGAUUUAUUCAACCGUCGCCUAGUAUGAAAGAAGUUGUCCCUCCGCGGCACCGUAGGAAAAAACGCGAUGAAGAUAAUGCCCUCAACGGGCUGUCGGUACAAACACAAACUAGAGAUAUUGUCAAUUCAAGGGAAUUCGAUUUGGUUGAAGAAGCCUUUCCACCUUUACCAGGUUUAGAAUCUGGAUCUCAAAAUCUAUAUAAACACCAAUCGGUAACUAAUUCUAAUUCAGAGGUCUUGCCGGCUACUCAAACGACAACGGAACCUCAACUAGGACCACAAACCGGACAUUGGGGAGAGAACAGACUUGCAGAUGUCGUUAAAGGCACAGCGAAAUUUAAAAGCAGCAACAGCACGGCUGGUUGUAGCAGUAAAGAAUCGAGUACGGGCGGCGGCGACGAUACGCCCAGGGCCGUUUCGCCGCAACAUCAAGCUAGCAGUCAGGCCACAAAGCAAAAUUCCGUUUCCACUUCGACGGGUCAUCCGGAUUGCAAAGAUGCCUCGACGGAAAGCGGGGAUAUUCAGCUUAGUACAGUUACACUUACACCGCCAAGUUCACCAGAAAAGUUAGUUCCUGCUUUACCGGUCAAAUGUACUAUGGCUGAUAAAUCGACGAAAACUGAUGACGCUCUUCUAAACGGCGAUUUGGAUGUAUGUCCGACUACAACAAACGCUGCCACCAUGACCACAGUUGUGCCAACAGAAGCCCCUUCUCGGACGGGGGCAGUCGUAACCACUUCGUCUAACGCUAAAAGUCAUACGCAUGUACAUAGGCAGGACUCGAAAUCCGAAUCUUCUAGGCACGUUUCUCUAUCUCCUCCACCUCCUACAACGGACUACUCGGGUAAUCCGCCGAGGAAAAGUUAUGCUCAAGUGGCGCAACAUCACAAAGAAGCCAAGGAGCUUCAAGCCAAGGAAAAACACGCAGACAACCAAUCGGCGACUGUAGCUGCAACAAAACCGACUCAAUCAAUAACGAAUUAUAGUAGUAAUAGUAGUAACAUCAUUCGCGGCCAAAACGAACGUGAUGGUAAGGAUUCUAGAGAUAAUGGUUCACAACGAACAGAUUCGAGUAGUAACGGUAAUCAGCAGAGGAGCAGCGGGAUAAAUCGCGGUGGUGCCAGGUCUCAAAAGCGGAGAACUGAAAUGAGAACGUCCCAAUUACGUGACUUUGUGACUCCUCGGUCGCCUAAAUAAUUUCGGAUUUACGGACGUUUUUUUUAGUGCAAUGGGGACAGUGUUUGUUGAUAACGUCGCAAAUAAUUAAACGACGCGCGGCGCGUUCGACUGCCCUAAAUUAAAAACGAAAAAAAAGAAACUUACGGCAUUUAAGUGUACGUGUACAUUAUGAUUUCACUUCACCUGUGGGAUUCAUAUGUUCCUAGACUGUUGUUAUUAAUAUAUUUAAAGAAAAAAAGAAAGAAAUAAUAGUGCUGUACGAUGCAAGUUGCGCGACUGUGAUUGGCCCAAUCUGAUAUCGUUUUUGUUGACGCGGCUUACUCGAACUCUUUUUAACUCUCUCUCUGUCUCUUUCGACGUCUCUCCAUUGUGUACAGGCUAAUGUUGAAAGAUUAUUUUUGACAAAUAAUUACCAUUUUGUGUAUAAGCUGUAUAGGGGAGUGUAAGUCUAGUGUAUAUUGUUGUUGGGUUUUUUUUAAUUAUGGCCAUUUGUCCUACCUCUGCUCGACCGCCAGAGAGUACAUAUUUUAGACUAAUUGAACAAUUGAGAGAGAAUAUUUAUGAUUAUGGAACAAUGUGAAUUGGAGUGGAUGCGAUGAAAACGUUUCGGAAAUCGAUCACCAAUCAAAACUAUUCGAUAUAUAUUUUAAGUGAUAACAAAAAUUCAAUUAAACAAACGGAUUAAUUGAAUUUACGACGUUCAUAAUGAACUUUAAUGCUUGUGAUUUUUAAUAAUAAAUUAGAUGAAUAGGUAUAACUUUUGCUAUCGAUACAGCAGAUGCAAAACGGAUCGAACAAUGCACAACAACUAAACGUAAAAAGCCUUAAAGGCCGAACAGAGAUAUUCAUGUCCCGAGCAAACAAAAAAAAUAUAUUUUUGAUUAUUUCUUAUUCGAUUGAUUUACUUACAAUUUUUAAAAAUAAUAAAAUCUUAUAUUCUGUGAUAAAUAUUAAAACGCCUUAUUGAAAAAAUGGGACAUGGAUUAUGUAUUUUCUACUUUAAUUAAACCUGAUAUUAGAGCAAAUGAGGAAUUAUUUUGAAUAGGAAAAGAACACUCUAAAAAACGAAUAUGUAUUAAGUAUUGAGUUAAUCACCGCCGAAACUUCGGUAAUUCGGUUUGAUAGUUUUUUCGUGUAGACACGCGUAGGUUGUAACAAAUUUAAUAUUUAACAAAUUCAAGGAAAUGUCACAUUUUAUCUAAUGGUACAAAAAAAUCAUUUCUAUGUAGAGUUGUGGACCAUAAAUUAUGUUGACUCUUAUUAAGCUUAAUGCAGUUGCAAAAAUGUUUGAAAUUUAUUUAAAUGGGAUCGGUAAAGCUCUCAUAUCAGUUUAUCGGGAUAAAUUUCGAAGUAUUAAAAUGCAGAAAAAAUGUGUUUUUAUUGGAUAAAUGCUGGCUGGUUUAUUGACUUGGAGUUUUACUGGUCUUAUUGUUAAUAAAUUGAGAAUAGGAGUAGACUAGAUGUUCGAAAUUAGAACAUUUUUGUGCAACUCUACUAGGCAUAUUAUAUGAAGUUUUAUCACAAAUAAGCUACUUAUCUCUUAUUUAAUUAUUUUUAACGAGCAUAAAUUCGCCUAAACGGUUAAUUUUUAGGUAUGUUAUCCUGUUUUAUUUUUUUGUAAUUUUUAAGGUUUAGUGUAUUUUGUAUUAUUUCUUAAAUUUAAAGUUGUUAAACUAGAUUAUAUUUGAGUGUCGGUAUAUGAGAUAUACUAGAACUCUGUUGAUUAGUAUUCCAUCAAGGUUUCGGUUAUAUAGGAGGAACAAUCAGUGAAUUCGCGAAUUGUUAAUGAAAUCGAGCGACAGCGUAGGGUCAGUUCUCGUGCAUUAGACGGCGAAAAAUCGAACACCCUAAACACAUCAUUCAAAUUUAAAAGUUUGUUUUUUUUAAGUUGUAUGUUACUUAUAGGCUGUGUAUGUACAUAACGAAUUUACCGUGGUAGAGCAAAGGUAGGGAAUGUGGCACAUUUUCAGUUAUCAGUAUAUAACUUACUUUAAGACUGUUAGCUGAUUUACUUUGUAGAAUUUGUUAUUUUGAUUGAUACCUUUGGUUUUUUUAAGCAGUAAACACACUCCACUAUUGACUGUUUGAACGAUUUUUGUAUAUUUCGACUGGACGUUUAGUUUGUAUUUGUGAUCAUGGUAUUCGGUUAAUUGCGAAAUUUCUAUUGGGGGAUUAUUAUUCAUCUCGUUCGACUACGGAUAGAUUCUAAAUUGACUCGUUCCUCAAUGGAAAUUUGCUGUAAUAGAGGCUCGUAAUUUUAACGGUCGAAACUGAUUUUGCAUUCUUGAAUCGAUUUUUAUCAAUGUUACAGUGCCUUCUUCGAUUUGAUUUUUCGUAAUGCAAGUUAAAAACGAGCGUCUAUUCGGAGGGUUUUGCGUACCAUGCGCCGACCAAACGAACGUUAAAAAUUCCUUAAGUUAUGUUUGCUCAAAUUGUUAAACGCCGAAGAGAAACGUUUCGAUAUUCGUGUAUUGCAUUGCAUGUAUGUAUUCUUGGUGUUUCUUCGAUAUCUACUCUUGCCUCUCUACCCUCGUGCUUUCUGUGGGUACCAGCCCGUUUGGUUUCAAUUGAGUGCUUGGCGAAAUUUAUUUUUUUUGCGAAGCUUCCUCGUUUCUUUCAAGGGCGUUGAAUGUAUUUUUGUUGAAGAGCUAAAAAAACGAACAAAAUUUGUAUACGAAUCGAUUGCUGCUAGAGAUGUGCUCAAUUUUUAAUUCUGUUAAAAUUUCCUCGAGAACUGAAUGCGAAUGAUAAGCGAGAGGAAUUUUGAAAUUAGGACAACUGAGUUGGGUUUGUGGCGGAUUUAAGGGUAUAUUUUUAUAAGGGGAAAUUUAAUGGUCUGCUAUCGCUGGGAAAGUUGUCGUAUUUUUCAUUUUUCUUGUCAAUUACCCUCGUUUUAUAUUUUGAUUUGUAUUUCUAUUCGACGCACGUUCUAUUGUGUUUUCGAGAGCUGGCUUAUCGAUACUUUUAAAAUGAUCACGAGAAUUUGAUCUUGGUUUAUUUUUUACUUAAAUUUUUGUUAAUUUUGAUCAACAAUUAGUCAGUUAUUGCGAUUAAAGCUAAUAGUAUUAAGCCAAGUAGCUGUGUAGAUUUUGUUUGUAAAAUUUAUUGCAGUUUUUUUUAUUUAAGUAAUAUAAAAUUGUUUAUAUUUUUUUCAUUUUAUUUUUGUAAAGAGGGUUUUUUGCAAGAAAUUCGUCGAAUAAACCUUAGUCCGCCGCUGCAGCUCGGAAGAUUCGUUUAUUAACUCAGUUCAUCGAUUGAUUUAAGGUUGAUUACAUUUCUGUAUAUUUUUUAAUUGUGCCUUACUGACGCUCUGAUUGUACAUUUUCAGUACAAUUUUAUUGCUAAUAAAAUAUAAUAAAAGUUGCUUGGAUGAUAAAUCUUUAUCUUGCGUAAUAUUAGAAAUUAUUUUAUUGCUAUUGAAAAUGCGAAAGCCCAUUGUUUUUGCGGAUAUUUUGAUAUAAUUUAGUGGAGUGUGUGUCUGAUAUUUCUAUGCAUAUUUAUCUAAUUAUCAAAAACACGCUAUUGUUUAUUUUUGUGUGCAAGUUUCUAUUAUUAUAGGUAAUAAUUGCCCUUAUUAUAUUUGUUCUGCAUGCAGGGGUGUUUCAUUUUUUUUAUGGUAAUAGUGAACAAGUUAAUUUUAAUAAUUCGUAAAUUGCUUAAUCUAUCAUACUGCAUAUUUUAAUGUGGGAGUUUUUACUGAAGAAUACGUGAUUUUUUACAUAAGAAUUCCAUUUUUAAUUUUUUCGUUUCAGUUUUUAAUUGCCUGGAUUUUAGACAGUGUUUAUGUACUUUUCUUUAUGAUAAAAAUUUGCACGCUAAAAUCUUAAUGUACAAUAACUAAAUCAGGAGGUUAAAUUUGUUUCUAGUCUAAUAUUUGUAUGUAUAUUUGAUUUUUUUGAUGUAUAUGUUAAGUUUGAUGAAGAUAAAGCAGGUGAUGGGGUUUUUAUUUAGAACUUAGUUAUAAUUUUGCAAUUAAGAUAUUAAAUAUUUAUGUAACUCGUCACCUUCAUGUUGAUAAGUUGAAACACCUUGUCUGAAGUCCAAAAUUAUUUUCACCCCUGCUUUAUUUAAAAUGUUUUUUUUGAGCUGUACUGAUUAAGCUUCUGAUGUUGCCCAUUAAAAUUGUUAUAAAAAUAUAUUUCUUUUAUUACAGUUGGUUUUCAAUUCUAUAAUUGUCAUUUAUUUCCUUGUUUUGUACUUUUAUCAUCCUGUAUAUGCUUUAAGUGGGCUAAGACGAACCUGGUUAUUGUUGCUUGCCUUACAAUAACUGAAUGUCUCCAAUGUAAAAGGCCAGUAUUAAUUUAAAUCAACCUUCAUGGUAAGAAAGAAG